GUGCCUUCAUUUAAAGAAAAAAGCUUUUUAUUCUAGUUGUUUUAACUGGUUUUUUGCACCACAGAAAGUGGUCGGGAAUCAUUCCAAGCCCCUCCGGGUGGUUCGGUGUUGUGGUAGACACAACUCAAGGGUUUCCAUUCAUCACCCUCUGAUCUUCUUCUUCUUCUUCUUCUUCUUCAUUGCCCUGCAGCUCAUCUUUGAAGGGAUCCGUGGCCCUGGCAUCGAAGGGGACAUUGCCAUCGAUGACGUGUCCAUUGUGGAAGGGGAGUGCAUGAAGUCAGACCAGCCGGCCAACAAUUUACGAUCAGGUGCUGUUGGGACAUUCUCACAUAUACGACUCCUCCCACUUCUCCUCCUCAUGUCUGUCUUAAGUCAUCAGAGGUGACCUUAUCCUGGCAGAGGCUACAAAAGAUUCACCAGGCACUGGCAUGAAGAAGAAAAGAGUCUUUGUAAAAUGGACAUUUUAAAAAAACAAACUACCAAAGAUUCCUCCACUGAACUGACUCGAAAGUUAAAUAAAUACGUAAAUAAAUAAUUAAAAAAUAAAGAAAAAUAAAAGGUGAUUAAGAAAGCACUGGGGACAUAAAAGGCAUCACGGGAGUGUAACUCACCACGAGCCACGUGUGAGGACGGGAUCUGGCCUAAGGAAGGAAGAGACCUUCAGGUGCUUUUGUGGUCAAUGAUGAAUUCAGCAUCAUCUGGUUGAACUCUCGGCGAAGAGCUGUAGAAAAACCCUUGUCAAAGCACAAAAAGUCAUGGCUGGUUUUGUUUCAAAUGAAUAGUUUGCUUGUUACCAUGGAAACCUAAUGGCCUGCCAAAAAAAAAAAAAGAAAAAAAAAAAAACACAAAAAAGGAGAGAGGAAAUAAAAAACAAAAAAAAAAAGAGAGAGAGAAACACCUCACUGUAAAACAGGGUAUGUGAAGAGCUGGCAUUCAUUUCCCCCUGCAGAAGGUUUUUUAGUGUGGAGUUAAACAAAUGUGGGCCCUUCCUACUGCGGCUGUCGCCUCCCCUUAGGGAAUCACCCGGGAUCAGAGCUGGUUUCAGACGUUCCUGUUUUCAUUUCUCAUGGCUCUGCUUGAGAACUGUGUGUUGCUGUCUCCUCUUUGCAUGCAUUUCCCAGCCAGGACGUGCCACCCUGGGCUUUACACGUUACACGGGAUUUUACGGGAUUUUUUCCGGGAUUUUCGGAGUUUGCUUGCGGCCACUUCGCCCUCCGCCUCCCCUCUCCCCUCCUCCCCCGACCCGAGUCAUCCGUUCCGACGAAGGGAAGAAAAACCAAACCACCGUCUUUUAUAAAUUGCCAUGGAAACCAAGUGCCUUCAAUGAAACAAGCCUGAUUUAAAAAAACAAAAAAAAAAACGAACAAAACAAA